CUUUAAUAUGUUUCUCUCUAUAGUAUUUGUAUAUAUAGGUUUCAAGCACGGUGGUUUUAAACUGUUUGUGGAAGGGAUCGUUUAACCGUUUCGCCUUCUCGGAUAUUCCUUGGCAGUAAGCAAAAUGGCGCCGCUAUGGAUGGUGAUGUCGUUAGCGGUUUCUUUACUUUUAACACCUUUUCUUAUGUUUUUGCUUGCCAUAAUCUUUUUGGCAUCUAUCGGAAAGUCACUCGGCGUUAGAAGAUUAUAUAUAAAAUUGCUGCUAACACUAUUUGAGUAUGGCAGACAAAACAUAGAAAACGUGAAAAAGAAGAAUGGUACUUGGAAGCAAAAUGACGAAGACACAGAUGAGGAGUACGAAUCGAGGCACGUCGAAAAGCAGAAUGUGCAAAAUUGGAAAACGGAGAGUAUGCAGAAUGGAGUGAGCAGCACCGUUAUAGCCAGAUCGACGGAUUUGAUUUUGGUACCCGAGCCAGAAAUGCAGAAUCAUAAAAAUCAUUUGGAGGAAACGAAAACGGAGAAUUCACAGACGCCUGCAACAAGUGCGAGCAAAAGCGAGACACUCAUACGUAGAGAUUCAUUUGAAACCCUGAAAAGGGAGUUCAAACCUGCAAUCUGUUUGGAUUACAUUAAAGCUGGUGUAGAAGCUAUUAUAGAAGAUGAGGUGACAUCUCGUUUUGAAGCAGAAGAAUUGAAGAAUUGGAAUUUGUUAACUAGAACAAAUAGACAUUACGAGUUUAUCUCCUGGAAGUUAACAGUGAUAUGGAUAUGUGGAUUUGUUAUGCGAUAUUGUUUCCUUCUUCCCUUGAGGAUAUUCAUUUGUUUUGUAGGGGUACUGUACAUUGUAAUUGCAACAUUUCUUAUUGGCUUCCUACCAAAUGGUUUUAUUAAGAAAUGGACAUACAACAAGGCUAGUCUCAUAGCAUUCAGGAUAAUGUCACAAUCUUUAUCAGCGACAAUUACAAUUCAUAAUCCAGAGAACAAACCAAAACCAGGAGGAAUGUGUGUGGCAAAUCACACUUCCGCAAUCGAUGUGCCUAUCUUAUCCACACAGACAACAUUCUCCUUGAUAGGUCAGAGACAUGGUGGAUUUUUAGGUAUUCUACAAAGAGCUUUAGCACGUGCUUCACCACAUAUUUGGUUUGAACGGUGUGAAGUUAAAGAUAGAGAAGCAGUUACAAGACGAUUAAAAAAACACGUGUCUGAUCCUACAAAUCCACCGAUACUUAUCUUUCCUGAAGGCACUUGUAUAAAUAAUACAUCAGUUAUGCAAUUUAAGAAAGGAAGCUUCGAAGUUGGUGGAGUAAUUUAUCCUGUUGCAAUAAAGUAUGAUCCAAGAUUUGGGGACGCAUUUUGGAAUAGUAGUCGAUAUUCAAUGAUACAAUACUUAUAUAUGACUAUGUCAAGUUGGGCCAUAGUAUGUGAUGUUUGGUAUCUUCCUCCGAUGUAUAGAAACGAGGGAGAGAGCGCUAUUGAUUUUGCGAAUAGAGUAAAGUCUGUGAUAGCAAGACAGGGUGGCUUGGUCGAUUUACAAUGGGAUGGUCAGCUUAAACGAAUAAAGCCAAAAAAGGAAUUGCGAGAGAAGCAACAAGAAGAACUUAGUAAACGACUUAAAGACGAAUAAAGUCGAAUAUGAAUCGUCUCUAGUCCCUCUUUCACGAUCGAUAUAAUGUGUGAUAUUUUGCUUAAACGAGAAUAUUUUACCUGAUGUGCUGUUUUAUCUUCUUCGUGGACAUUUAUCUGUGCUAAAAGGGGAUGAUAGAGCGUAUGCAUGAUUUAAUUUGUUUAAUUUUACAAAUGUGAUACAUUGCGUUAUGUUAGAUUACUUUUAUACAAUGAAAAAUUGAUAAAUUUCUAUAGUAACAUUUAAAUUCAUUACAAGACGAUUAGUAUAAACAAUUUAUCUUAAUAUUAUGAUUGAAUUUAAAUAUGAAAUAUCGCAGGUACCACAUUUGUCAAUUUUUAAUACCAAUAUUAUAUAACGAGGCAUUACAAAUUUAUUAUUUAUACAUAAUGAAGUGUUUAAUAUGGAAUGGCCGAUAGUGUGUGACUUUUUGUGCGUAUGAUUGAAUGUAGCAUCAAACUCAUCCUAUUUAUAUUGUUACAUUUUUAGAAAUGUACUUCACCUCAUUAUCUCAUUAAUUUGAUACAUGGUUAUGGAUAUCUAAGCCCAUCUGAUAUUAUACAGGAGAAGUUACAAAUUCUUUUCUUUCUUUUUUUUUUUUUUGUAAAAAUGAUAGGGAAAAAUAUUACUCUUUAUUGUAGUGUAAAAAAUAAAGUAUUUAUUCAUAUUUCUCAUAGAAAGAAAUUAGCAUAUAUCAGGGUUAUGCUACUGUACCCAUCCCCUGAAAAUUAUUUGAAAUGACAUUCAUUACAAUUUAAGAGCAUAAUUGAAAUAUUUCCUAUUUUUGUAAAUAAUAUCAU